AUGACUGAUCAACGUACCACAACAUCUUCAGAUGAAAAUAAAGCUAAACAAAAACAAGAAGAAACGCAUAUGUCAUUGUUUACUCUUUGUAAACGAAUAAAAGAAGCUAAAUUAGGUGGUCAACAAUUAUUUUCUAGUUUACUUGAAGAAACAAAGAACCAACUGCGGACAGCUGAACAAGAAAUUUGUGUAGCUGGACACAAAACAUCAGAUGAAAAAAUGGAAAAAUUAGAAUACGAUUUAUCAAGAGCUAUCUUUUAUGUUGAAACUGUUCGUUUUAAUAUGGAUCAAACAUUACAAGAAAGAGAAGCACAAACAACAAAUAAUGAUCAUGAAUAUGAUGAAGAAAAUGAGACGGUAAAUAAUAAUUUGAAAAUUAUAAGAAUAUUCGAGAUUUAUAUUUGA